GCUGCAACAACACAGGGAUGAAGUUAUGAAGGCUGGCAGUGAAAUGUCACUGUAGGAUCCUGCUGCAGCACCCCCUGCCCCGCCAGCAUCGCCCCAGCCCCGAGCCGCAGGGCAGGGGGAGGCCGAGCUCGGCCCGGCUCUAUCGAGGGGUCUCCGGGAGGAUUUUUCUGGAGAGCGCUCGGAGCCGGCAGAUGCCGAGCCCCGGAUCCCUCCGGGCUCCCCAAGAGGAGCUUUUUCGGGGGGAGAGGAGCUGUGAUCGCCCCUCGGAGGGUCCCGGGGGACCACGCGGGGCUGGCCCGGUGCUGACAGGGCGGGACAUUGGUUUUGGGGAUCCCCGUGAGAGCCGGGGCUGCGGAACGUGGGACCCCCGGGGCGGCAGAGGGGAAGGGGCGAUACCGGAGCUGGGGGACCCCCGGCAGCCGGAGAUGAGGCGGGGACGGGACCCCUGAGCCUGGCAGGGCCUGUCCUGGGGUGACCUCACGAUGCUCGUACCCCCAUUGGUCCGUUUGGCCCCGAAAUGAGUUCUGCACCUUCAGGGCUGGUUCUGAGAGCGAAGAGGGGGAGGAAGAAGCGCGCAGUUUGUUUUCAGGAGCUGCACUCACCCCUCCACAUUCCGGUUCCUGGGCUGCUGAGAUGCCUUAAGGAGCUGGGACAGAGGCCAGACGGAGCCAAGAGGAAUAAAGUGGAUAUUUAUUGAAGUGCCUUCAAAGGCCACACCCCGGCAGUACCAGAGCCAUGGUCGGGGCUCUGCCCAGAUGGCUCCGAGAUGGAAGCAAAAGAGGGCUUGGCCAUGAGAGCUCACAUUUUUAUAAGUGUUAGUCCGUUUGCAUACAGGAUUUAACAUCCCAAUUAAUAGCUUCAAAUUAUGAACUUUCAUCCUCCUUGCUUGCUUGCUUGCCUGCCCUAUGCUUUUCCUGUUGUUUGUGCUUUGGGCCUGAAGUUUGAAGAGAUUGUCCUUGACUCUCCAGCUAGAACAGGAUUGUUUUGUCUUCACCACCCUGUGAAAAGAUCCCAGGAACACUUAAUCUAAAGCUAGAAGCUGCACACCGAAACAGAACAGAAAAACUUAAACCUGAGGUAUCAGUUGUCUGCCAACAGACAGCAGGACAGAACUCUCCUUUGCUUUUAGUUAGUUUUUAGCUCGCUGAGGCAGAGAAGUUCCCUGGGCUGUGGUUUUUCUUUUUCUUUGGAGCUGUUUAAACCUGCUCUGGACUGAACACCAGAAGAGCACCGGCAGCUCACACCUGUGGCCCACCGGGCUGGGCCUGGGCCAUGGAGGGACUGAUCAGAGCCUGAGUGAGCCGAGCUGCAGCCCACGGAGGGACUUUCUGAGUUUGUCAUCUCUUUUGGAGCAACAACAGGAUUUCCCACUCCCAAACUUUGGCUGCAUGGAGGAGGAGGCUGCGAGGAAGAUGGCCCAGGACACCCAGGCAGAGCAGGAGCUGAGGAUGGAGACCAGGGAGGACAAAUCCCCGCGGCAGAACAUCGUGGAAGAGGUCGUUUUGAGUGGCUCCAUGGCAGAGGAAUCCAACAGGGAGGAAAAGCCCCGGAGAUCCCACAGGAGGAGGGGCUGCACCCGCAGAUCACGGGGAUCUGAGGAGGAAAGACCCACCCUGUGCCGGGGAGGUGGGCAGAGCUUCAGCCAGGGAUCAGAGCUGGUGGUCUGUGAGCAGCCUCAUGACAGGGAGAGGCCCUACGAGUGCUCGGAGUGUGGGAAGAGCUUCAGGAAGAAUUUCAACCUGAUCUGCCACCAGAGGAUCCACACUGGGGAACGGCCUUAUGAGUGUGGGGAAUGUGGGAACAGCUUCAGCCACAGGUCUGACCUGAUUGUCCACCAGAGGAUCCACACCGGGGAGAGGCCCUACGAGUGUCCUGAGUGUGGGAAGAGGUUUCACACCAGCUCCCAUCUCCUUGUGCAUCAGCGGAUUCACAGACAGGAGAGGCCCUUCCGCUGCCCCAACUGCGGGAUGGGCUUCAAGCACAACUCCACCCUCGUCACCCACCGGCGCAUCCACACUGGGGAGAGGCCCUACGAGUGUGGGGAAUGUGGGAUGAGCUUCAGGCAGAGAUUCAGCCUGAUCCGCCACCAGAGGAUCCACACCAGGGAACGGCCCUAUGAGUGUGGGGAAU